AUGAAUCCCAAACGUGCCGAUGCUGCCUGGGAACACUCCUUAGCUGGCGCGGUUACUGGUGCGAAACGGUCACGGUCCGAAAAUGAUGCUCUCCCAGCUUUCACCACCGCGCACCAGGUCUUGAACGCAGAGUCCAGAGCGCAGAGAACCAACACUGUGCAGUACGCCCACGAUAAUAGGCGCUUACGGCCCAGCAGGAUAGACCUGAUAUCCAACUCUGGCAAUAGUGAGUUCUCUCGCUCUCAGAAUCUGUCGGAGUACUCGCAAAGGACCUCUGUAUCCAGUACUCCUGGACCAGCUCAGAAUCCUAUCCUCUCUCUCAGCCACCCAAAAUACGGUUUGCCGACUGCCCUGGUCAAGAAUUUCGCAUCUCUGGGUGUCAACGCUAUCUAUCCAUGGCAAGCAUCAUGCCUCCUAGGCAGGGGACAUCUGUCAGGAGAAAAGAAUCUGGUGUACAGUGCUCCAACGGGGGGUGGCAAGUCGUUAGUUGCAGAUGUAUUAAUGCUGAAACGCAUCCUUACCUGCCCGGACAAAAAAGCUAUCCUCGUUCUCCCUUAUGUUGCUCUCGUUCAGGAAAAGCUGAAAUGGCUCCGACGUGUAGUUGAAGGGAUACCCCGAUGCACGCAUGAUGAUGUUGGUGAUGUUGAUAACUCCGCCGAUGGGGCCAGAAGAUCUUCUCGGCUCAAAUCUGAAGAGAACUUCAUCCGAGUUACAGGUUUCUUCGGUGGAAGCAAGGCCAGGACAACCUGGUCAGAUACAGAUGUCGCGGUGUGCACCAUCGAGAAGGCUAACUCGCUUGUCAAUAGUGCAAUUGAAGAUUGUACAAUUGACAAGCUAGGUGUAAUCGUCCUCGAUGAACUGCAUAUGCUCGAUGAUGAACACCGCGGUUACCUGAUAGAAAUCAUGGUAACGAAGCUUCUUCUGCUUCAGCAAGAUAUCCAGAUAAUCGGCAUGAGUGCAACUUUAUCGAAUACAGAGGUCCUUGCAAAGUGGUUGAAUGCGAAUUAUUAUAUAUCUCGAUAUCGGCCGAUACCCGUCGAAGAAUUCUUAGUGUUUGAAGAUUACAUUUAUCCAGUGCCUACCACAAAGGGCCUUCUUCGGAAGAUGAUCAGACCUGACACAUCAAGUCCAAAUGAUGUACCGGCUUCAGCGUGCCGAGUCAUACGUAAAUCGGAAUUUCGGGAGUUAGCGUUCCCAAUUCCAAAUGCUAUGGUUGCCCUUGCCUGCGAAACAGCAGCUGCAGGUUAUGGCGCUCUUGUAUUUUGUGGGAGCAGGCAAGCUUGCCAGACAAAUGCUGUGCUCAUAGGAGAUGCAAUGCCAGACACUCUGGAUGCAGAUAUUAUUGAGAAGCGCUUGGACCUAGUAGCAAGCUUGCAAAGCCUUCCUUGCGGGCUUGAUGCCUACUUUGCCAAAACUAUACCAAGAGGUGUUGCUUUUCAUCAUGCUGGUUUAACGACCGAAGAACGUGUGCUGAUUGCGGAAGGGUUUGACGCUGGAAUCCUCAAAGUACUCGUAGCUACUUGUAGCUUAGCAGCGGGGAUAAAUCUCCCCGCUAGAAGGGUUAUCCUCUGCGGUGCAAGAAUGGGACGUGAAUUAGUUGGGCCUGCAAUGUUACGACAGAUGCGUGGCCGAGCGGGCCGAAAAGGUAAGGAUGAAGUUGGUGAAACCUACUUAUGCUGCACAAAUAAGGAUUGGGAAGAUGUGGUUGGAUUGUUGGAAGCUGAAUUGCCCGCUAUUGCGAGUGGGUUGGCCCCAGGAAGGGCAGGGAUCAAAAGAGCGUUACUUGAGGCUAUUGCUACUAAGCUGGUAUCCGGCCGUGAUGCUAUCAACGAUUACAUCAGGAGCAGUCUGUUAUUUCACAAUGACGAAGCACAGGAUACCCUUUUCGAAAUGGUGCAAUCAACUCUCCAGGAACUUCUGGAUUCAAAACUUGUGAAGUCAUCAAAUGAUGAGACUUUUGAACCAACACAGCUUGGUCUAGCAAUUGUCGCGUCCGCAUUUAGCCCUAAUGAUGGGCUUUUCAUAUAUGGGGAAUUAAAGCGUGCUCUGCAGGCUUUCGUGAUGGAUGGGGAACUGCAUAUCUUUUAUAUGUUUUCGCCCCUCCAGGCCUCUUCGGAAAUUGACUGGAUGGCGUUUCGCGACGAGGUUCAUGGACUAGAUGAUAGUGGACUACGUACAAUACGACUUGUUGGCGUUGACCCUGGAUUGGUGAACUCAAUUGCAAUGGGACAUGCUUCUAUCAAGGAUCCAGCUUUACUCAGAGUCUACACCCGUGUCUAUACAGCAUUUCAACUGCGUGACUUAAGCAAUGAAAUCCCAGUCUCAUCAAUUGCAAAGAAAUAUAACAUAGCCCGAGGAGCUGUACAGACACUUGCUCAAAACUGCCACGGGUUUGCGGCUGGGAUGGCCAAAUUCUGUCAACGGAUGGGCUGGGAUAUGCUUGCGGUUGUGUUGGAGCAUAUGCGUGAUCGCCUUCAGGCUGGGGCCCGAGCAGAUCUAUUGGAGAUGGCACAGGUGACCUAUGUCAAAAGUCGAACGGCAAGGCUGCUUUGGGAGAAUGGGUUUAAAACCCUGAGGUCUCUUGCUGAAGCUGCACCUAGUGAGCUAGUACCUGUGUUAAUGAUGGGUCAGCCUCGGAGUAGUUCAUACGCAAGUAACAAUAAAGAUAUGAAGAGAGUUACCUCAAAACUAACCGCAAAAGCAGAGGUAAUUAUAGCCUCAGCAAGCAGAUUAUGGGAGCAUCAAACUGUGGUAGAACUAGAUGAGUAA